AUGGCGAAGCUCUUCCUCCUCGCAAUGGUGGCAUCCGCCCUCCUGAUCCUAGCGGCCGCCUCCACAGCCUCCUCGCCGGACAACUCGACUUCGCCGUCGCCAUCGUCGCCGGAUCCGACGGCGUACGAGAUGCUGCAGAGGUUCGGGUUCCCGGUGGGCAUCCUCCCGGAGGGCGUGCAGGGAUACAGGCUCGGCGAGGACGGCUCCUCCUUCGAGGUGUACCUCGCCGGCGACUGCCAGUUCCGGGCGGCGAAGAGGUACGUGCUACGCUACAGCAGCCGCGUCGCCGGCAGCGUCGCCGCCGGCUCCAUCACGUCGCUGGAGGGGGUGAAGGUGAAGGAGACCUUCGUGUGGCUCCGCAUCUCGCAGGUCGACGUCGACGGCGACCAGAUCCGGCUCCACGUCGGGCCCUUCACCAAGUCGGUGGCGGCGGACCAGCUCGCCGUCAGCCCCCAGUGCAAGUGA